CACGGCGCGGACCUGGGGCGGGGAUCGGGGACCCGUUGGCCUGGCGGGAGCGCGGCGGGGCAGCUGAGGGGCGCAGGCCGCCGGGCAGCGGCGCCGCCAUGAACGCGGCCGUGGUGCGGCGGACGCAGGAGGCGCUGGGCAAGGUGAUCCGGAGGCCGCCGCUGACCGAGAAGCUGCUGAGCAAGCCGCCGUUCCGCUACCUGCACGACAUCAUCACGGAGGUGAUCAGGAUGACUGGUUUCCUGAAGGGGCUCUACACAGACUCCGAGAUGAAGUCAGAUAACGUCAAGGAUAAAGAUGCAAAAAUUAGCUUCCUACAGAAGGCCAUAGAUGUGGUUGUGAUGGUCUCAGGAGAGCCUUUGUUGGCCAAACCGGCUCGAAUCGUGGCUGGGCAUGAGCCCGAAAGAACAAAUGAGCUGCUGCAGAUGAUCGGGAAGUGCUGUCUUAACAAGCUCUCCAGUGAUGAGGCGGUGAAGAGGGUUUUAGCCGGAGAGAAGGGUGAUGCUCGAGGGCGGGCUGUGCGGACCUCGAAAUCUCACGAGCUGGACAAUAAGAACACGAGGGAAGAGGAGUCCAGGACGCGGAAAGGCAAAGAGGACAGAAGAAACUCCGAAGUAAAAGAAAAAAGUACAAGCAGAGGUGAAAAACAGAAGGAAGAACCGAAGGAAGAGAGCAAACCAAGGGACAGAGAAAGGGACAAGGAGAAGAUGAAGGAGAGCGACGGAGACCGACAUAGAGACCCUGAGAGGGACAAGCUCAGAGAAGGGGAGAGAGAGAGAGCCAGAAACAGGGCCAAGCAGGACCGGGAGCGGGACAAGGGCAGAGGCAACAAGGACCAGGACAAAGAGCUGGACCGGGAAGAGGAGGGAGGGAGGAGGAGCGAGGGCAGGAAGGAGCAGGAGAGAUUGCAGGGCCUGGACCAAGAGCGCGACCUGGACAGGGGCGGAGACCGGGAGCAUGUGGGAGCCAGAGGCGCAGCGCACACGCACAGGCCGCCCUCCAGGGCCCCCGACAGGGAGAAGAGCGGCGAGCAGGACCGGCCAGGGAAGAAGUCAGCAAGCUCAGGGGAGAUGCCUAAGAAGCCGUCAGAUGAAGCUGUCAAAGACUCCAAAGCGGAAGCAGAGGUAAACUCUGAGGUGGAGAUUUCCAGCAGAGUAUCCAGAUCAUUGGCAUCAAAAACUUCAAAAUGGAGACCCAAAAAUUCAGUGGAAGGUGACUUGCCCAGCGAUGCAGAAGGAGAAGCUGGACCUGGGUCUGGGCCUCCUCUCCCGGAGAAGCCUGAGGUGUCAGAGAACCCUGAAGUCCCCAGUGAGCUUCCGUCCAGUGCCAGAAGACUUCCUCGGCCAGGCAGUGCAAGGCCAGCGCCUCCCCGGGUCAAGCGACAGGAGAGCACGGAGGCGUUAACGAUGGACCGGGCGGGGAGUGGUAAGACCGUCCCCAACGUGAUUAUGGAGUCACGGAAUUCUGACAGCGAGGAGGAUGAGCAUUUUGUGGUGGAAGCUGCCCCUCCGCUCACCCAAAUGUCAGAACUCGAAAUGGUGCCAGCAGCAGAGCUAGAGGACGACAGGAAGCACGGUGGACUUGUGAAAAAAAUUUUGGAGACGAAGAAAGAUUAUGAGAAAUUGCAGCAGGCCUCCAGACCUGGAGAGAAGGAGAAGUCGCUUGUCUUUGAGUCAGCGUGGAAGAAGGAGAAGGACAUAGUUUGCAAGGAGAUCGAGAAGCUUCGUGGGUCCAUCCAGACCCUGUGCAAGAGCGCGCUGCCCCUGGGGAAGAUCAUGGACUACCUGCAGGAAGACGUGGACGCCAUGCGGCACGAGCUGCAGCUGUGGCACAGUGAGAACAGGCAGCACGUGGAGGCGCUGCAGCGGGAGCAGAGCAUCACAGAUUGUGCUGUGGAGCCUCUGAAGGCAGAGCUGGCCGAGCUGGAGCAGCAGGUCAAAGACCAGCAAGACAAGAUCUGUGCCGUGAAGGCCAAUAUCCUGAGGAACGAAGAGAAAAUCCAGAAAAUGGUGUACAGUAUCAAUUUGACAUCGCGAAGGUGAAGCUCAGCCAGCUGGUCACCACGGGUGUGAACAUGGAGAGCAAGACAGGAGAGCAUUUCGAUUUCAGUCCUGGUUUACUAGGACGCGGCCUGUUUACAGUGUGGUCGCCCAGCUGGGCUUGUUAAGUGUAUUAAAGACCGUGUUUUCGUACCUCCUGCCGCUGGAGUCCUUGCUAGUCAUCCGGCGCCUUCCCUCCCUUUCCCUGCUCGGGCUGUGGCCUGCUGCAGCCUGUGUGUCCUGGUCCAAGUUCCCUCCCGGGACCGGGUUAUUGCCACGGAAACGGUGCUCCCUUUCUUCGGUUUGGGACUUGUGACAGGACUGCAGGGCAACAACACGUGGAGGAUGGCUGCACUGUCGGUGGGCGUUUCACAACUAGAAUGAGGCCUGAAAGCAAUUAAACUAGACUUUUAAUUUCCAUGUGGAGAAAAUCCCUACCAGCCUGUACCCUGCGAGGUACAUGCCAGCUGUCGGGGUGCGGGGGCUUCCCCUGCUGGCCCCAGUGUCUUCUGCCUGUUUCUAGGUCUUGCAGUUCACAAACGGACAGCGGAGGUUUCGGUCUGCCUUCCAGUUGAUGAGAAGCUGUCACAGGCCCCUUCUUGGCUUUCAGCACUGUGCCUGGGCUCCCCAGUUCCACACAGGCAGAGCACCUCGAGUGUCUUGGAGAGCAGGGUCUCGCUGUUGAGACAGUGGCGUCCUUCCUGUCGAUCGGCACGCAUGUCUGCUCGGGGGCAGCUGAGGGGAAACCACGUGGGGAGAUGUAAAGGGAGGCGCCCAGUUACGCUUUUCUCAUGUGACCCAUGUUUUUAUUAAUUUUUCAAAUUUUAUUUUUAUUUUUUGGUACUGGGGAUCAAACUCGGGUCCUUGCACUUGUGCAGUGACUCAUGUUUUUAGAAAAUGUUUUUUAAAGCAAAGCCUUUUUUACAAAACACAGUUUAUACUCAGCUUUCACUUACAUAUAUUUUAAAUACUUACUAAGGUCUUAAGUUAUUGUGUAAAGGAUUUCACUGUGUUUGGAGACACAUGUAGGUUCUCAAGGCCUGGUUCCGCUCUUUGUCUUUCUGGCUACCGUAUUUAUUACUCUGUAAACUAAGGUGCACACGUUAGCGUGAGGAUUGCUGGGAGAGUUCAGUUUCUUCAAGGAUUAGCACAAAUGGCUGUUUGGUUUUUCUUAGUGUAUUCCCAAAACAAACCCUUCAGCGCAGAAGCAUAGGGUCUUCUAAGCUGAUAAAAGCAGAGAUGGCUGAGACCUACCGAUUGGAGACAUUGGUGUUUUCUCUUUCCUUUCUAUAUGCACUGUACAUUUCUGUCCGAUCAGACUAUACUAACACAGCUCAGGCCAGGGAAGGACUGUUAGCUAACUAGUCCCCCCCGUAUUUAUAAUUCUCUUCUACUGAAAUGAAAGACUUAGCCAUAACCCUGAAGCGGACCCUGUUUUGCCUCAAGUUGAGAUACAUGCGUUUUAUGAAUUUGUAUAUAUGAAUACAUUUUUUGUUUUGGAAAAUUGCAUAUAUUGUAUGUGAGUAAAAUUUUGUAUGAAGUAGCUAUUAAAUUGUAUCAAAGUUUAUUUUUCUUUUAUACAUAAAUCAUUAAAAUAAUCACCUAUUUUUUCUA